AUGUGUUUCUGAGGAUGAAAUUCAGCAGGCCAUCAGCUGACUUCCCAAUGCCCUGAGCUCCUCGCUUCCUCCAUAUUCUGAGCAGCUCUGAGAAAAGAACUAAGAGGCUAAAGAAGGAAGCAGAGAAAUGCCAAGAAAAGCAGAAGAGGGAGAUGGGGUGAGUGGGCCCCAGAUGAGGAGGCUCCAGCUGCAGCUGGAGACACAUCAGUGGGACAAGACUAUGAGGCUGCCAUUAGCUCUUCUCUUCCUCUGUGUCCCAGGCUCUUUGUCUCUGAGUGGCCCCAGCACUGUGAUGGGCACCGUGGGGGGAUCCCUCAGCCUACAGUGUCGGUACGAGGAGAAGUAUAAGACAUUUACCAAAUACUGGUGCCGACAACCAUGCUUACUACUUUGGAACCCAACUGUGGCCACCGGAAGGUCUGAGGAAAAGAUGAGGAGUGGUCGUGUGUCCAUCGUGGACCAUGCUGAAGACCUCACCUUCACAGUGACCUUGGAGAACCUCACUGCAGAUGAUGCAGGAAAAUACAGGUGUGGGAUCGCAACAAUACUGCAAGAAGAAGGACUCCAUGGUUUCCUGCCUGACCUCUUUUUCCAGGUUCAAGUGUUUGUUUCCCCCAGGUCCCUGCUUAGCAGGGUCCUCUUCCUGCUCCUGGUCAUUCUGAAGGUGUCCCUGCUCCUGACCAUGCUCACUGAUGGACUCGGUGUGUCCUCUCUCCUUGUGGGGACCCCGACCAAGAGAAGCUUCAGCCCUUCGUGCCUUUGGAUAUGCUGCCCAGACACACAGCCCUUCAGAGGAGAGAAGAGAAGAUUCACCACAUCUGAUUUACCCAUUUUUCUGUUGAUGGCUUAGGGUUGCUGCCCGCUGGGGCUAUUCCACAGCUGUGUUUCCCAGAUUCUGAGUAGUCCCAUCUCCCUGGUGGGCACCGUGGGGCAAUCCGUGAGUGUGAUAUGUCCAUAUGAGAAGAUAUAUGAAAACAAUUCCAAAUACUGGUGCAAAAGCCCAUGUUUGUGGAAGAUUGUGGAGACCACAGUCCCAGACGUAGAAGUGUGGAAUGGCCGUGUGUCUAUCAGGGAUGUUUCUGCAACCCUCUCCUUCAGCGUGACCA